CUCGCGGAAGCAUCGCUCCUCGGCAGGAGGAGAAAAUAAAACCGCCGCGCAGCGUCAAAAACGGGCAGUUUCUGCAUCCCGCACCAUGUUGCUUUUGCGGUUCUCGGGUUUUUCAGCAGCUAAACGAAGGCUGCGGUGUUUUAAAUGAACUGAAGCCGCUGGGAAUAAAGGCGUUUUUUUUUAUUUUUGCGCUUCGUGAAGAGGAGCAGAGGAGGAAGAUGUGCCGCUGGAUCUGGUACCUGCUGCUGCCGCUGCUGCCGCUGACGGCUCCGGCCCAGGCUCAGGAAGAAAACCGGGUGGUUUUCCUGCUGGGAACCUUCCAGAACGUGAGUUUCUCCCACAACGAGACGGUGCAGGCCGUGGUGUCCCGGAUCCCGCCGGAGGUCGCCUUCAUCACGCUGCAGUUCCACACGCAGCACCGCAACGCCACGCUGUCCUACAGCCGGAUGCCCAGUCUGGGUUUCUCUCUGACGGCGGUGGACUCGGGUCUCUUGUCUCCGCUGGUGCCCAGUCAGACGACGCUCUCCCUGUUCCUGUUGUCUCCUGACGGUGGCGCUGUGGCCGGCACAGGGGUCAUCCUGCCUUACACCAGCGACGAUCCGGUUCCCGGGGCCUGUAAUCUGGAGUUUAAUCUGGACAUCGAUCCAAACAUCUACCUCCACUACAACCUCUACGAAACCACCAUUCGCUUUGCGCCGGCCAACAUAGGAUAUGCAAGGGGCGCGACUCCCCCGGCCUGCGACGUCUCCACAGGGGGCGACACCCGCUGGCGGCUGCGGUACGACGUCUACCAGUCCUUCCUGCCGGAGAACGACCUGUCGGAGCGCAGCCUGUUCAGCAGCAUCCAGGCGGUGGCCGACGUCCGGGGAGUCGCCAAGAACGCCAAACUGGUGCUGACGCUGUCGUCGGACGACACGACGGUGGCGGUGUUCAGCUCCAUCCCGGGUCAGGGCGUCAUUUACUCGGUGGUGGUCAGGGAUCCUGUGGCGAACACGUCGGCCUCCUACGUCCCCGUCCACACCUACGCCUGCAGCUUCACCUCCACGCUGGACGGCUGUGCCACGCUCGGGAAGAUUUCCACAAAAGUGUUUUUCACCAUCGCUGGCUUGGCCGGCCUGUUCGUUUGCUUCUUUGGACAUCGCUUCUUCAAAUGUGAGCUCUUCUGCAUGGGCUUCAGCUUCGCCGGGUUUUUCUUCUUCGUGCUCAUCACCAGGACCACCGCCCUGGACUACAACAUCCGGCUCUCUCUGACGGCGGUGAUCGGCGUGCUGGGCGGCGUCGUCCUGGUGAUGAGCUGGUGGCGGUUCGGCUCGGUCAUGGCCUGCGUCGUGGUCGUGGGCCUGAUGCUCGGCUUCCUCCUCGCCUCCACCGUCUUCUUCACGCCGCUCGGCGACCUGGACGUGUUCAGGACCUCGGACGCUGUUUUCUGGGUCACGUUCUGCUGCAUCGUGGUCGUCGUGCCGCUCUUCUUCGUGCGCUGGCCCAGAGAGGGCAACAUCACCACGUGCGGCAUCGUGGGUGCGUACGCCGUCGUGCUGGCCGUCAACGCCUACGUGUACACCAGCCUGUCCUACAUCACCCUGAACAUCCUCAAACGCUUCCUCAACAACAACUUCAGCGCCGCCUUCACCGACGUGCCCUUCCAGACCAUCGACUUCGUCAUGAUCACGGUGUGGGUGGUGCUCGGCGUGUCGGGCGUCGUGCUGCAGCUGCACCGCGAGCGCUCGCGCCCCUUCUUCCCGCCCAGCCCCUACCUCAUGUGGCGGCAGGAGCGCGAGCGCCGCAAGACCAACGUGCUGGACCCGAGCCACCACGUGCCCUCGCUGCCCGGCCGCCUGAUGGCGCGGGUCCAGCAGCUGACCCGGCGGAGGGAGCCGGCGGGCGAGCACACGCCGCUGCUGCUGUGAGACGCCACGGAGAGCGCCGGCGGCGUCACCGGUGCCUUUUGGUGUUUUUAUUUGACUCUGCUCCUUUUGCAAGAGACUUGACGGGAGCGUGUGAACAAACACGAGUCACGUGAUGCCCGACGGGACGUUUGGCUCCAGGACGCUCGAGCGGCGGGGCGACGGCCUCAGUGUCACUGCAGCAGGACGCCUCACACGCGUCAGGUGGAUUUUUAUUUAAAAACUCAACACAAAGAGUUGAUUUGAAGCGAGACUGUGACAUUCGCCCUCUUUUUCUCUCCUCCUUUGACUACUAACGUCACUUUUACUGAACACUUUGAUGACGCGUCUUUAUGAGCCGCUGGAGCUGACCGAGGAAACGAACAGAUCAGCGGCAGGUUUGUGCCUGAAGCCUCCGAGCUUUUUUAUUAUUGCACUAAAGUCACCGACUACUAACAGCGAGGCAUUUUAAUCUGUGGUGAGACUGUGUGUGUGUGUGUGUGUGUGUGUGUGUCCAGGGCUGUUCCUCAGUGUCAAAGCAUUAAAGCCCCGUUCCAGGAUUUGAUCUGCAGGUCUCCGGGUCCUGAACACUACGUUUUUUUUUUUUGUUUUUUUUUUUAAAUCAGUUUUCUAAAAUCUCAUAAGAAAAUGAGUUUUUUAACGUCUCUGGGUGCAACUGUGUGUUUUUCUACAACAUGUGACAUCAGACGGCCAAUCACCAGCAUUAUUAGAUCUUGCUGCUUGCUUAUUGGCUCACAGAAGCUGAUGGGAUUGACAGCUGAGGUGUUCGGUGCCAUAAAAGUCUGUUGAGUUGGGUCCCGGCCUCCCAGGAGGGUCAUUCCAGAACCCUUUGACUCUGCGCUGCCCUCUAGUGGACUUCCUGCUGAACUUCCACGGCAACAGGAAAGAGAUGAAAUCACGUGGGCGGUGACGUUUACAUUAUUUUCAUACAUUAAUGCAGCAUCAGUGAGCAAUAACUGUAAUCUCUGCCUAAUAAAAGUCUAAUAGAGUGAAAACCUACAAAAUAAAAUAAAAAAACACUGACACAGUAACGCACUAUUGCCUCUCCUGUGCUGAUUUGACGUCUGUAAAACUCGAUUUGUGGUGCUUUUUGUAAUCCCACUGCUGAAGAAUCAAGUCGGGCGUCUCUUUCAAAUCCCAGAUUGGGGCUUAAAAAUAAUAAUAAUAAUAAUAAGUUGCCAGCUUGGUGUGUGUUUGUGUACUUUUGUGUUUUAAACUGAACCUCACGGUGUGGACGUAUUUGAAGAACACAGAACACGUUUACUAGUUUGUGAUGUCAGAGUUUCACAUUUUAGAUGAAGAAUUUUGUUUAAAAAAAUCAAAAAUUCAACAGGAAAAAAUGCAGACUUGGGCCUCUAAAAUUGAGAUUUUUGGGGGGCGGGGGGUCAAAUUUCAGCUGGUUAUUUUUUUAGCUUUUUCCUAAUUAAUAUUUAAAAGUUUUGGAAAAUGAAUUCAUUGAUUCAGUCAUUUUUAAUGCGCAUGAAUCCCUUUAAUAUUAGAUUUUGCUCCAUUGCAGUGCUCAGCUGAGAUGUGAUUGGUGGAAAAACAAAGUGGGGAUGGAUUUCUGUACAUGAGCAACAAAACAAUGUCAUUUUCUUUCUUUUUUUUUAAUUUAAUUAUGUGAUGAAAUAAUGGUGAGAAUCUGAUUCCUGCUUUUUACGAUGCAGCGUUUUGAACAUCCUGGUUCUUCUGGGUUUGUAGUUUGACU